AUGGGGUCCUGGGUGGAUUCCUUUAGUUCCAGUUGGGUCAGAUUAUCAAUUCGAGGUCUUUGUAAUUUUGUGAAGUCUUGGGGUGAUAAGAGUGAUGCCGUUGCGGGGGGCCCUAUUAUUGGUGGAAUUGAAUGGUUAAGGAUCAAGUCGCCUGCAAUUGAUGUCUUGGUUUCCUGGUUGGUAGCUCGAAUGAAUUGCCAGAAGGUCGUCUUUCUUGGAGCCGUAGUGAUUUGUGGAAUCCUUUGUUCUCUAGUUAUAGACAUUUCAGUUUAUGGCAAUCAUGGCACUAAGAAAGUGAGGAAGCCCAAAGCUUGGAAGCAUCCCCAACCGAUAACCAUGGCCCAGCUCAGGCAGAUGCGUGAGGAGUUUUGGGACACCGCUCCUCACUAUGGUGGUCAGAAAGAAAUUUGGGAUGCCCUUCGUGUUGCAUCAGAAUCUGAGGUAUCCCAUGCACAGGCUGUUGUGGAAAGUGCAGGCAUAAUUGUUUCUAAUGCUGAUCUGACUCUCUGCUAUGAUGAAAGGGGUGCUAAGUAUGAACUACCCAAGUAUGUUUUGAGCGAACCAACCAACCUUAUUCGAGACAGCUGA